CUCAAGCUCUGAUAAUGAUAGGUUUAGAUUGUUUUCGUUUUUGUCAAUUUAAAUCAAUUCGAGUUUAGCUUCAUAUCCAUUCAAGCUUUUGGUUCGAUUUUAUCACUUUUAAAUCUCAAUUUAUCAACAAACGAUAGAAAUUUAUUUUUUUUUUUGAAAUUCAAAGAUUCAAAUGGAAUGGUUUUUUACAUGUGUAAAUACUCAAAAUAUUCCAAAUUGAAUAUCGAAUGAUAAUUCUUAUCCAUUUUCGUAAUUAAUCUUUUCUACUGUUAAGUAAAAAACAAAAAAACAAAAAUCGGAGACUAAAAUAUUCCAAGGGGCAGAGUAACUGGUCCCAAUGGUGAUACCGAGGAGCUAAGGCGAAGAUGGUCGAAGUUACCUUGGCUGCCAGCAUUCACCUAACACCGUGUCUACCCGCAAACCUAUUUCCUUCAAUUCCAAGUGAAAAACCCAGAAGCAAGACAACCAAAGUUAUCCCACCAAGAACAAAAACAUGGAAGAUUAGAGUCGUCGUUGCUUCUGAUUCUUCUUCGUCGUCGUCCUUGGUCUUUGGGUCUUUUAACCGAACAGUUGGUGGACAAGUUUUGCCUGAAAGAAAAUGUCUUGAAAAAUAUAAUGAUGCAAGCAAAAACAAGAAAAGGGUAUUCUUCUUGGACGUUAAUCCGCUUUGUUAUGCAGGAAGUAAGCCAAGCUUACAGUUUUUCGGUCACUGGGUUUCUCUUUUCUUCUCUCAAGUCAGCCUCACCGAGCCUGUUAUUGCCGUUUUUGAUGGUGAAAAGUGUAAUGAGCAGAGGAGACAGUUAUUACCUUCAUAUAAAGCACAUAGGAGGAAAUUCUUUGGACAACCAACAACUUGUAGAAAAUUUGUCAGGAGUCAAGUUGGGAGUUCAAAGCAACUCAUUAUCGAUGUUCUCAAAAAAUGCAAUGUGCCAGUCAUAAAACUUGAAGGAAAUGAAGCUGAUGAUGUUGUGGCCACACUGGUGGAACAAGUUCUACAAAGAGGAUAUCGAGUGGUUAUCGCUUCUCCUGAUAAGGAUUUUAAGCAGUUGAUUUCUGAAAAUGUUCAAAUUGUUAUGCCUCUGGUGGAGUUAGACCGCUGGUCCUUUUAUACUUUAAAGCACUACAUAGCUCAAUAUAAUUGUGAUCCACACUUGGACUUGAGCCUUAGAUGCAUCAUGGGUGAUGAGGCUGAUGGUGUUCCUGGGAUUCAACAUUUGGUUCCUGGAUUUGGCCGGAAAACUGCCUUAAAGCUUUUAAAAAAACAUGGCUCACUGGAUAACUUACUAAAUGCAGCAGCAGUGAGAACUGUUGGCAGACAGUAUGCACAAGAGGCCCUCACAAAGCAUGCAGAUUAUCUGCGGAGGAAUUAUGAAGUUCUAGCCUUGAGAAGGGACGUUGAUGUUCAUCUUCAAGAAGAAUGGUUGGUUGAAAGGGACGUAUGCAAUGAUUCAACUGUUUUAUCUAACUUCUUCAGAUUGUUGGAAAAUACUGAUAAGCCUACUAGUGAAUGUAGAUCUAGUUUGUCAAAUGGUUAAGCCCUUAGAGCAGGUAAGGUUCCAACAUUUAGAUGAUCAAAUAGAAAACUGAUUUAAUCUAAAAAUUAAAUGACUUCUAUAAUGUAUAGUGUACAUUCUUGGACCAUUCCUAACCUUCUAGAAUCCGUUUGUUGCCUUCAAAAUCAUGAACUCAUGAUUCAAAUUAUUUACUUUUCAAAUGCUCUGUUAUCUCUGAAACUAACUAUUGAUGGUUGCUUCUAUAUCUGUUAUGGUAUAUAGAUCGAGCCCAGAAAAUUGCUGAUCUGCGUAACUUUGUUACAUUUUCUGUUCUUGUUUUGGCCUGAGAUAGUUAAAUACACCUUAAAUGCUUCAAAAAUUGCUGCUUUUACCAGAAGAUAUGGCUAAAGAUUGAGCAUAAAAAUAAUAAACUAAGAAACUGAAGUUUGAAGCUUAAUGUUUAAUAUGUUUAGAUAUCCACAGAUGAGGAAUAAUAAGCUUGAAAAGCAAGAUUUUGGUGAGUGUAAAUUGACACAGCUCAAGGCCACUGACACUUCCAUCAGAGAG